AUGCGUCUGCUUACUUUCCUGGCCCUGCUGGCAUGUGCCACAGCAACUCGCCACGGUGGAAUGAAAGCUUUGAAAUCACACCUACCGCAGCGCAUGAAGAACCGCUCAAUUCUUGUGCCCUGGUCCCCUCCGUUCUACGUAGCAUGUGGCGAUGUCGUGGUAGUGCUGGACGCCUCCUCCUCGGUUGCAUGGGCAUGGUGGUUUUCGGCACCGAGCCCGAACUGGUCUUUGACUUGUACACACAUGGCACCCCAAAGCAGUACAAGCAGAACAUCCUUCGCACCCCAUACCUUUCCACCUCAACGGCCACCGGUACGGGCUUCCACCAGCCUCGCUCCAACAAUCAUUCAAAGGCACACUUGCAGCUUGAUCCUCUUCCCCUGCGCGUUCGAUUCACACCCGAUUGCAUUCGCAACCUUGCAUACAGGCGCGGCGCUGGAAUUUACCGCCGGCAUCUUUGUCGACACACGGGCCGACCCUUCCAAGCCUCUGAACAUCGUUCUGCUCACGGACGGUCAUACCCUCGAAGAAGAGGAUGUUUUGCGCGCGGGUAUUGACCGUGUUCAAACGGACAAUGUCUACGUUCAUGCGAUUGGCGUUGGAUAUGGACUUGAUGCCGCCGAGCUUGGGCUCAUUGCCACAUCUGACGAAUAUGUCACUCAGGUUCCAGCUUACGCUGAGCUGUUGGAGUUGUCAUUUGCCUCAGAAUUGGUUGACAGCUUUGCUUGUGCCAGCCAUGCGUCCUCGAGCCCGGCAGUUACAACCACCCCGGCUGCCCCAACCAAGACACGUAGCAGCCAGCCUAAACCAUCGACAACAUUGACCACGACCACAGCCACUACCACCACCGCCGGUUCGAACGAGGGCAAAUCCUGCUGGGAGCGUGCACAAGACGUGGUGUUUGUACUUGAUGGCUCCGACCACACCGAGGCCUCGGAUUUUGCAAGCUACAAAAAGUUUAUCAGUCACUUCAUGACACAAGCGGGCCCCAACACUCGUCCAGCCCUGGUUGUGGCAGCAGACACGGCGCAUGUGGAGUUUUCCUUUGCCGAUGCCACCCCGCUGCGGCAGCUCAAGACUUUGUUGUCGAAUGCAGGGCAACGCUUCAGUUCAAACCAGGACCUUGGUCCCGCCCUCGCGAUGGCCGCCGAACUGCUGGACAACCUGCAAGCCGGUGCUCGUCCUUGGGCUGAGAAGGUCAUCGUUUUGAUUACACCCAAUGCCCAUCUGAACCCGUCCUCCGCGAUUGAGAACAUUGAAACUAUUCGGCUUGCCGCUGACCGCCUGGUGGCGGUUGGAAUGGGAGGAGCCGACUCGGCCGUCCUGCGUACCCUCGCCGGUGCCAACGAUGCGACUUUUGCUCUCAAGCAUACAGGCGCACUCCUCGCAAGCACAGAAAUGAUUGUCGAAGUGGCACUCUGCCUCGACUACGAGAUCGAUCACCAGAAUUUGAUUUGCCAGGAUGGCCUCAUCCAUGAAACCAACGUAGCCUGUGCCUGUGCGGAUGAACACUGCCGUACUUGCGAGCGAGCAGGAGGCCAUGAACAGUGUCGCACGUGUAUGGACGGGCGCUUGUCACUGGGCCAUGCCUGUGCGAACACGUGUCCGGAUACUUUUGUUGAUCGUGACGGCGAGUGCGUCUCUCCUUUGACUCCGUUUUCGGCACACAUCGUGCUAGCGCUGGACGACUCGACUUCUGUGGGCUAUGCGGGCUUUCAGCGCCAGGUGACCUGGGCCAGCAGCCUGGCUCAACUACUGACCUUUGAUAGCGGUGUGAUUCAGAUGGGGGCUUUCUCCUUUGAUGAUCGCGUGCAGCCAAUUUCACGCUUUACCUCGGUGGAGGUUUUGGUCGACACGUUGCAAUCCGCCAAAUGGACGGGUGGUGCUUCUUCCUUGGCUGAGGCUUUGAGUUUUACGGGCGCGCGCUACUUUCAAGAUCUCUCCUUGCCCGCCGACCAUCGCCGUAUUCUGGUUAUUCUGCUCGACGGCGCUGCUGAUGACACAGUCGCUCAAGUUGCGCGUCAAGCCACACAAUUGCGUCAAAUGGGCGUCACGAUCUUUGCCAUCGCCGUGCAGGAUAGCAAUGACGUACAGCAGCAGGAGGCACAACUCAUGGCUGCGGUCUCGUCGACUGUGGAGUACCACUUGAUGCGUGUUCCAAACAUGGAGGCACUCAUGGAUGCGAACCUUAUUGUCGAGUUUGCCAGCCGCUUGGCAGGUGAAGAUGGCACCAACCCCACCACCCGACGCCCUCCCACCACUACUCAAAAGCUGCCGGACCCAACCACGCUGCUGCCCUCACCUGAGCCCACGUUGUUGCCGACCCCAACCAUUGCCACGAUGCCUCGCACACCCGAACGCCGACCCGUCACCACGACAGCAACAGCAAAACAUCGCCCGACCACACGUCGACCCGAGUCAGGGAACGGCGUGUCCGUGCUUGAGCAAGACUCGGGGAGCAGCUCAGAUCAAAAUGUAUUGGCAACUCCCGGUGCCAUAGUUGGCAUGGCAGUCGCGGCCUGUGUGCUGGUCGCAGCCUUGGGUAUGGCCGCUUAUCGCUAUCAACGUGCGCGACAGUCGGUCGACCUUCAACUGCAGCUCGAGUGGCAAGACAGUUGGACAGGGCGCACCUUGCAGCUGCAGCAACAGCCCUUUGAAUCCACGGUCUAG